AUACUAUAUAAUUUACACUCUCGACUUAUUAAUAAACGAGGGGGUGUAGCUCAUAUGGUAGAGCGCUCGCUUCGCAUGCGAGAGGCACGGGGUUCGAUUCCCCGCACCUCCAUAUUUCAACAAUUUUUUAAUUACUUUAUUUUCUCAACCCUUUUAUAAUAUCGACUUUAAUUUUAUUUUUUUUUUCUAAAUCUUUUUAUCCAGUCUGAUGACGUGGAAUAUGGCAAUCUCUUUAAUUCAACCUCUCAUUCGUCAUCCUCUUCUUAUAAACUCCCUCCCACUCACAGAGGAGAGAGAAAGUAGAGCUUCUCCAAUUUCUGCCAUGGCACUCAACUUUACUUCUCCACUCAUUCUCUCUCCUCCCUCCAACUCUCACCACCAUAAAACCAUGUUCCUCUUCCUUCUCCGAAACAAUCUAGAACCUUCCUUUCCUUCUUCUUCUUCGUCUUCUCUCAAUUUCUGGAAUUCUUCCGCCAUUAAUUUCGCUGUUCGAGCUUCAACCAGUAACGCUCAAAACGACGUCGCUGAUGAAGAAGAAGGAGGAAGAGGAGAGAAGGUAUUGUUGGAUGAUGAAGCGAUUAGUCGAGCUUCGAGUAUGAAGUAUGCGAGUGAAGUUCUUCAAAUGAUUGUUGAAAGUAGAAGUGAAAAUGGCGGAAUUGGAGGUGUUGUCAGUUGCGAGGAUUGUUGUAGAAUUAUUAAUUCUGCAAUUUUGUGCAAUAAUUCUGAUUUGGCUCUCUCUGUCUUCAAUGCUAUGCGUUCUUCGGCUUUCGAUCAAGUCUUAAAGGAGAAUGGUGGCGUUGUUGCGAGAUGGAAAUGGCCAAGGCCGGAUUUAAACACUUACACAACAUUAGCCAUUGGUCUAGCUGCUUCAUUGAGGGUAACCGAUGCCCUAAAAAUCGUUGAUGAAAUGUGCCGAGUUGGACUUUCUCCUGGGGAAGAGGUCCCUUUUGGUAAGAUAAUAAAAUGCCCGACUUGCAUGGUUGCUGUUGCUGUUGCACAACCCCAACAGGGUAUUCAAGUAGUAUCUUGUGCAAAGUGCCGCUACCAGUACGAGCUUGUUUCUGGAGAUAUCGUUAAUAUUGAGUCAGAAGAAAUCAGCAUGGAUAUUCCAGCGUGGAGAAGAUGGCUGGGAUUUCUUCGAACAAAAAAGCAAACAAUUCCUUCUGCUGUCCAUUCUAUUGUGAUCCAAACCCCAUCUGGAAAUGCUCGCACACAUAGAUUUGCGACUUCAACACCUGAUGUCCCAGCACAGCAAGGAGAAAGAGUCACUUUAGCCCUAGCAGCUCCAUCAAGUGUCUUCAGAGAGGUUGGUCCCAUUAGAAUUAGUCCUAAAGCCCCAAAGUAUUACCCUUCAGAACCUCUUUGCUUGACAAACCAUCGAGACAGCCGUGAAUCUCUUCUUCUAAGAGCCCCUUCUGCAGAUAGCAAACCAUCUUUGCUUAAUCCAUCCGUUGUCCUUCCACUUCUUGUGUUACUGGCCUCUGGAGAUGCUGCCUCUGGUUUUAUUAACCCCAGCUUGCCUCAGCUCUUGCCUGCUGCAGCUGCAGCUUCUUUUGCCAUAGGUGCCACUUUAAACACGGUGGUCUUGCCACAGUUGGGGCAGCUGCCUCAGAGGAUGGCAGACGCAAUUGCUAUAAAGCAGCAACUUCUGGCACAGUACGAUUUGCUUCAGUCUCGCAUCAAGGAUCUUAAAGAUACUGCUGAAAAUGAGGUUUGGAUGUUGGCUCGAAUCUGCCAGUUGGAGAACAAAAUUUUUGCCGUGGGUGAACCUUCUUACCGUGCUAGAAGAAAUAGAAUCAAAAGGGUGCGUGAAGGUCUGGAAAACUCCCUUAAAGGACGUAUGGAGCUUAUUGAUAGCUAUGCCAGGAUAUCUUCUAUGAUAGAAAUUGAGGUGGAAUUGGACACAGAUGUUCUUGCAGCCGAAGCUUCUAGCAAUACGGAAAAUAUUGCCAAACAAAUAGAGCAACUAAUGGAAUUGGAAAAUCUUGAAGAGCGAUGGAGACAGCAAGUUGAGGCAAACGAUGAGGUAGAAAGGCUCCUAAGCAAUGAAUCACUAUCCUCAGAACAGGUCUGAGGCAAGGUGCAAAUUUUCAAAUCGCAACUAUCAUUCACUGGAUACAAAUUAGGUGUUUGUCCGUCUGUUGAAUAGUAUUUUGCUAUACAUCGGUGUGCUAACGAACAAUCUGCAGAUUACCUUGCAAUUACGAGUGAUCAGAGUCUAAGAUAGGAUCUUACAUCAAGGUGCCGGAACAUAUUUUAAAUUUGAACGUAUAGCAGCGCCAAAAUUUUCAUUACACUUCUCUUUUUUGUUGCAUAAGAUGUUUAUCAUUGUAUUUUUUUAUUUAAUACUUCGUAUAAAGUAUAUAAAUAAAUUAGAUAUCUAAAUUGUUUUAUACAAAUGGUAGAUCAGUAGCACAUUAGAAAUUUUAUUGACGAUUGCCAGUUUUUCCUCUUUUA